AUGCCUGCAAUCAACUCAUCCAUGGCUGCGAACCUCCCAAUCGAGCUCAUCCUCUGUAUCCUCGAUCAUGUCGAUAUCGAGACGUACGUCGCUGCCCGCUCAGCAUGUUGCUCAUGGCGCAAAGCAGCGUCAAUGUCGUCUACCAUCCGGAACGCUUUGACCGAACUCCCCGUGCCGAUACCACCACGUGCCGAUGCUCUUACAACCGAAGAAUGGAACGCAUACUUCUGCCAAAUCGCUUGCCUGAACCUACUAGGCCACCGGACCCACAUCGACAAAACAGCCUCCAGACGUGCCCUACCUGAAGACUGCACCCCUACCACAAUUCUAGCGACAUCUCAAGAUGGUCUAAAAAUGGCAACCCUGAAAGGCGCACGCGCAACUAUCUUCACCCGCUCAAACAAGCAGUCCUCCUGGGAAUACACCCUAGCCUCAACACUCUACCCCCUCUGGACCUCCGUAUACCGUGCCCUAAUGGACGGAGGCGGCACUGGCAGCGGCAUGGCGCUCAACCCGCGCUACGGCAAACGCUGCAUUGCCAUCUCCUCACAAGGCCACCUCAUCGCCGUCGGCCUAGGCAAGACCCUCCAAAUUUACAGCCUCUCCGCGGACGAAGACAACGGCAUUUCCUCCCCAGCAGAAUACUCCCUCGACCAGCACGACGUCAUCCACGCAGCCUCCCCGAGCGCAGGCUACGAAGAAACCGACGGAGUCAUCGACUCCCUCGAAUUCACCGACGACGACAUUCUCCUCCGUGUCGCAAUCAACCAAGAUACAACAGCCUUUCAACCGAAUCGCGUCCGCUAUCUGGGUAAUCCCUCCGCCCUAAAAUAUUCCCCCCAUCACAAUAACGCAUCACACCUCCAAUACUGGCGCGAAAACAUCCACCACAUCCACCUCGACUCCGCCUCCAUGGCCGUGACACUAGGCGCAGGCGAAGAGAAAGUCGUAUUUCGAGGCCUGCGCCUUCUUCCUUCUUCUUACAAACCGACCACAACAACACCUCAGAUCUCAUCAUCAUCUUCAUCAUCAUACUCAUCAUCGCACUACUUCACCGCAUCCCUCCAAUCAGGCCCCACAGCCGCUUACUGUAUCGGCCACAUCGCUAUCUCCUCCUCCCCUCCCACAUCUCAACAAGUGACUAUCACCCGCCUCCUACCUUCUCGCCAGCACCACACGCUUCCUUCCAGCACCGAUCACAAAACAACACCUCCGUCCUCUCAAACCGCGACAACAAUCCCCCGCUGGAACCCCCUCAACCUCCCCACCGCAUCUUCCACAACCCCUAUCCUCUCCAUCUCUCCGGACAACAAGCUCCUAGUCAUUUACGAACCUGAUUCUUCUUCCCAGGGGGGAGGUGGAGGGGGGAUAUACGUGUACUGCAUUGAGGAGUGCGAAUCCGUGUAUACCAACCAUACCAGCGAUAAGAAUAUUGAUUCUGCUAUGAACACAGACCAGCAAGAGAAACAUCAUUCUUAUCCUUGUCCUUCGUCGGAGGAGAGGAUCACGUCUUGGUCGUUCUUAUUGGAUAAUGUAUCUGUGGAUGUGGAUGAGCUGAGAGUUGAUAAGGUCGUUAGGGAUGGUAGCGGGUAUUAUGAGGUGAUGGCGUUAGCGGGGAAGGAUGUUUUGGAGUGGAGGAUUCAUUAA